AUGCCAGUGGUUUUUGUACUGACCGGCGACUGUGGUUAUCGCUCUGGUCCCGAGUAUGAUGCAUUCAAGAGAAUUGCUACUGCUUCCACAGGAGAAAUUUUUCAAGUGAAAAAGAAUGCUGUCGACCAAGUGAUUAAAUAUAUUGAUUUGACUGUGCAAGCACGCGUCGUCAAUCUAUUCUAUGCGAGCGGAUUGAAAGCCGGGGAGCGCACAUUCUACUUUCCAGUCGAUUCGUGUCUUUUGGAUUUAUUGGUAACAGCCACAGCCAAUGGAACUGCUGAAGAAAUCGAUGCAGUGAAAAAUGAAAUCAGAAUUCAUCUUGUGGACCCGGCAACGAAGUCAGACUAUCCUUUCGACAUCAACGAGAAGGCAGUAAAAGUUAUAAAAGUAGACAAACCAGAAGUAGGUCAAUGGAAGUUAGAAGUUAUGUCACUUCUGCCAUAUUCUGUGACUGUCAGCGGACGCUCAGUUUGUAAUUUCAAAGUGUCGUUUACGUACAAAGGAUCUCCAGGAUCUUACUAUGUUCGGCCUGUAGUUGGUCAGUCUGUGAGUAUUGUUCUAAACGCUACAGAACCACCGGGUGAUGCUACGAAUUUGACAUGUACUUGUCAGAAUGCUCAAGUCACUCAUCUCAACUUGAUGCAUCUGAAUGGAAAUCGCUUGCAGAUACUUCCUGUUGACUGGAAUGUCAGCAACUUGUUUAGCGCUCUUGACAAAACGACUUUUAUAGCCCCUAAGGAUGAGUUUCUGGUUGUAAUAGUUGGCUAUGAUGAACAUGGAUACCAUUUUCAGAGAAUUUCGUCUACAGUAGUUCCUGGUCAAGCAGAUGCUCCUGUUGCGAUAAAUCCACAGACUGGUGUGAUAUGGGCUUUUAUGGCAGAGCCUCUUGAGCUGCUCUGUCGUUUUAGCAGUAUUGUGUCUGUAACUAUAGUUUGGUACAAAAGUGGGCAGCCUUUGGACACAAGCAAUGAUCGAUAUGUGUUCUACAAUGAUGGCCGUUUGGUUAUUUUGAAUGUAACACGUGCUGAUGAGGGCAUUUACCAUUGUGAGAUACAAAGCAGAGAAGGGAAUGUCGAUGGAUUUCCUCUUAAUGUUACUAUCGCUCAAGCACCCGUGGUUAUUGAUGGACCUGUAAAUUUAUCAGUGGCUUCUGGAGAAUGAUGCAGUAAUUGUGUGUCAAGUCAUCGGGGCUCCUACUCCUACGAUAGAGUGGUUGAUCAAUGGAUCAGUACCUAGAUACAACCCACGUGUUGACAUAGAAAUUUUUGA